CAAAAACGAGUUAAUUGGAAAUCUUUUUUCUUUUUUUGGGAAGAAAAUAUAUAUAUGUAUAUUGUUAAAUAAAUUCUAAAGUCACUGUAUUUAUCACCAAGCCCUCCACCUCUCUCUCGUGCCAAAGUGGUAUAUUUGUGAAACAAAACCCUAAAGGGGGUUCUUAGCAAGAACCAUUCGCCGCCAGAAAUGAUCGUUUCUCUUAUAUAACUUGUGACUCUUUUAUUUAUCUCAUUCAGUUUUCCUUGCACAGACUCUGAAACCCACCUCGUUUGUGACCUCUGCUUGAUUUUCUCUUUCCCCUGUAGCUUUCUUUUGUUGUAUAUGGACACUGUGAUUGCUCACUGAAAAUUUGGACAUGGAUUUUUUGCCAAGACUCAAUCUUUGAGGCCGAGCGUCGCUGGGCAUGUGGUGAAACUGGAUUUCCUCUCUGUGCCUGAUCGUAUCUGUUUGAUGGGUUUAUUCAUCUGCAUAAACUGAGAUAAGAUCCUUCUAAACUUGUUUUGGUCAAAGGUUGGAUUUUUGUGAGCUCAAAAAAAGCUUUGAUUUUUAAUAUUUGUCUGAAAUGGGUUUCCGUCUGGAGGUAGUGUUGGAUUACUGAAGUCUCGGUCGUGGGAGCUUUCUAGGGUUGUUACGUUUGAUUACUUCGUGUAAUAUCGAUAUUACAUUUGCUUUCUCUUUCUGGAAUGAGCAGUUGUGAAUAACUUGGCAAGUCUUUUUUUCUCUGGGAAUAUUUUAUUUUUGUUAAGAAUCAUGUUGUCUGAAUUGGGUAGGAGGCCGAUGAUUGGGGAUAAUGAUAAUUCAUUUGGGGAUGAGUUUGAGAAGGAGAUGGGUUUGCUCUUGCGUGAGCAGAGAAGGCAAGAUGCUGAUGAACUCGAAAAGGAACUGAAUUUGUAUAGGAGUGGAUCUGCUCCGCCUACUGUAGAGGGUUCAUUGAGUGCUGUAGGUGGUUUGUUCAAUCACGGGGCUGUUGAAGGUGGAAAUAAUGGUGGGGUUGGCAUUGGCCCGGAUUUUGCCGAGUUUGCAAGAAAUAGAAGUGGGAAUGGGUUCUUGUCAGAGGAGGAUCUUAGGUCUGAUCCUAAGUACUUGUCUUAUUAUUACUCGAACGUCAAUCUGAACCCGAGGCUGCCUCCUCCUCUGCUUUCGAGGGAGGAUUGGAGGUUUGCUCAGAGGUUACAGGGAGGGAGCUCGGCAAUUGGGGAUAGGAGGAAGGUGAAUAGGAAUGACAGUGGCAAUGGCGGAAGGUCAAUGUUUUCUAUGCCACCCGGGUUCAACUCUAAGAAGCAAGAGAGUGAAAAUGAGGACAAAUUGCAGGGUGGUACUGUGGAAUGGGGUGGUGAUGGACUUAUUGGGUUGCCUGGGUUGGGGCUGGGUAGCAAGCAGAAGAGUCUUGCUGAGAUAUUUCAGGACGAUCUGAACCGUUCUUCUCCAGCCUCCGGACAUCCCUCACGCCCGGCUAGCCGAAAUGCUUUCGAUGACAGUGCCAGUGCUUUGGGUUCGGUGGAGGCUGAGCUGGCGAACUUGCGCCGUGACUCAUCUGCUGCACCCGCUUCAUAUUCUUAUGCUGCUGCUUUGGGUGGAUCUUUAUCAAGAAGCUCAACUCCCGAUCCUCAACGUAUCACUCGAGCUCCCAGUCCUUGCCCGACUCCAAUUGGUGGAGGCAGAGCAGCAAAUCCCGAGAAAAAAAGCAUCAACAGUCCUGGCUCAUUUAAUAAUGAAAAUGCCGAUCUUGUUGCUGCCUUGUCUGGCAUGAACAUCUCAAAUGGUAUCAUAAAUGAGGAGAAUCAUCAUCUCACAUCUCAUGUCGAUCCAGAUGCUGCCAAUGACCGUAAUAAUAAUUAUCUUUAUUAUAAUCUCCAUGGAGGCCAGAAUAAUAACUCAAGGCAGCAACAUUCAUUUAUGAAAAAGAAUGAUAACAUUAACAAUAAUGUUCUUUUACAAGCAGAGCUGCAGAAAAACGGCGUCCCGUCUAAGAACUUGUACCUCAAGGGAUCUUCUAAUGGUGGCACGCACUUUCAGUAUCAGCAUUUGGACAGCCCAAACAACUCAUCCUUCUCGAAUUAUGGAUUUGGCGGGGGGUACCCGAUGAGCCCAAUAUCGAGUCAACUCGGCAGCUCGAAUUUGCCACCUUUAUUCGAGAAUGCUGCUUCUGCUAUGGGUGUGCCAGGAAUGGACUCGAGGAUUUUGGGUGGCUCGAAUCUCGGGGCUGCUGCAGCCGAGCAUAAUCUCGGUAGAAUUGGAAAUCAACACACUCCCUAUGUGGACCCUUUAUAUUUGCAGUACUUGAGGACGGCUGAAUAUGCUGCAGCAGCUCAAGUUGCGGCUCUUAAUGAUCCUUCGAUUGAUAGAAAUUAUAUGGGUAAUUCGUACAUGGACCUGAUUCAUAAAGCUUAUAUCGGUAAUUUACUAUCCUCUCCUCAGAAAUCACAGUAUGGUGUGCCUUUGGGUGGAAAGACAGGGUCAUCGAGUCCUCAUGGUUACUAUGCGAAUCCCGCAUUUGGGAUUGGAUUAUCUUAUCCGGGGAGCCCGGUUAUGCAGGGUUCGGGUGGUGGGCCCGGUAGCCCGUUGAGGCAUGGGGACUUCAAUAUGAGAUUCCCUGGUGGUAUGAGAAAUGUGGCUGGGACUGGGAGCGUUAUUGGUCCGUGGCAUUUGGAUAGCAUGGAGAACAGUUUCGCUUCUUCACUGCUUGAGGAGUUCAAGAGCAAUAAAACCAAAUGUUUUGAACUCUCGGAGAUUACUGGCCAUGUCGUUGAGUUUAGUGCUGAUCAAUAUGGAAGUCGAUUUAUUCAACAAAAGCUUGAAACGGCCACAACGGAAGAGAAGAACAUGGUUUUCCAGGAAAUAUUUCCUCAGGCUCUUGCAUUAAUGACAGAUGUGUUUGGUAAUUAUGUGAUCCAAAAGUUCUUUGAACAUGGAAUGGUGGCUCAAAGAAGAGAAUUGGCUGGGAAGCUCUUCGGACAUGUGCUUAACCUAAGCCUCCAGAUGUAUGGUUGCAGGGUGAUUCAGAAGGCUAUUGAAGUUGUUGAUGUGGAUCAGAAGAUCAAAAUGGUCGAAGAGCUCGACGGGCAUGUUAUGCGCUGUGUUCGUGAUCAAAAUGGGAAUCAUGUUAUUCAGAAAUGCAUCGAGUGUGUUCCUGAAGAUAAUAUUCAGUUCAUUGUUACUACGUUUUUUGACCAAGUUGUGACUCUCUCUACUCAUCCAUAUGGCUGUCGAGUGAUCCAGCGAGUUCUUGAGCACUGUAGGGAUGAAAAAACUCAGAGCAAAGUGAUGGAAGAGAUUUUGGGCGCUGUUAGCAUGUUGGCACAAGAUCAGUAUGGAAACUAUGUUGUUCAGCACGUUCUGGAGCACGGGAAGCCGCACGAGCGAACUGCCAUAAUUCAGGAAUUAGCUGGAAAGAUUGUUCAGAUGAGCCAGCAAAAGUUUGCUUCGAAUGUUGUUGAGAAAUGCUUAACUUUUGGCGAUCCAAGUGAACGGCAACUUUUAGUGAACGAGAUGCUUGGCACAACUGAUGAGAAUGAGCCUCUUCAGGCUAUGAUGAAAGAUCAAUUUGCAAAUUACGUAGUACAAAAAGUGCUCGAGACCUGUAGUGAUUCGCAACGUGAGCUUAUUAUGUCGAGAAUCAAGGUUCAUUUGAAUGCACUGAAGAAGUACACUUAUGGAAAGCAUAUAGUAGCUCGUGUAGAGAAACUCGUGGCUGCUGGGGAAAGGAGAAUUGCUGCUCAGGCUCAACAAUCUGCUGCAUAGAUCUGCUUUGCUGUAGGGACGAAAGAAAGUUGUACAGCUAACUGAGGCUAGUUUGGGCUACCUCUCUUUAUUCUCUUUCUUUCUCAGACUUUUUCUCUUUGGUUGCAAAUAAAAUGGUUGCCUGUACUGAAAAAACCUGUACAUUGUGUAGUUGUCAAGUUUAUACAUAGAGAGAGUAGUAAGCUUUUGAGGCUGAGAGGCCGAAAAUCUUCCUGAUGCAAAAGUGAUGAGGGUGUAAUAUAAGUUUUAAGGCUGAGGUAGGUUUUAUGCUAUGCCGAGUGACUGUACAAAAAUGAUGGAUGGAUUUUCAUGUCAUGUGGAGAAAUGGUUCUCUAGGCGAGGCCGCGGGAUAUGGUGUCAUGUAUGCAUUUGAUAUAUAUAUAUCUCAUUUUUCUUACUUGGCCACAAUGCAUUUUCUCUGAAUGUUUUCAAACUAUGGAAGAUGAAUUGUAUAGAGGUUCUAACAUGAUAGUUAUUUUUGCUAGAAUGAGGAUUCAAACCAAGUUGUACUUUCCCACCUAUCUCAUUAUCAUAUCUUG